ACCCCCUCCUCCCUCCGCCAGGUAUCGGAGCGCGACCUCAGCGUCCUCGGCUACUCCAGCGGCACCACAGGAGUCCCCAAGGGCGCCCGCAUUGACCACGGGGCAGUCGCCUACAACCUGGCCAUGGUCCUGCACCAGGAGGUCUUCCCCUACGCGCCCACGACAGCGGAGUCCCAGGAGUCGGUGGUCGGCCUCAUGCCCUUCUUCCACGCAUGGGGCAUGUACGGGGUCAUGACCUGCAGCCUGGCGUUGGGGGCAAAGGUCGUGACGAUGCCGCAGUUCAUCCCCGAGGUCUUCGUCAAGGUCAUCAAGCAGCAUCAGGUGGGCGUGCUGCACCUGGUCCCGCCCCUCCUGCAGUUCCUGGUGGCGCACCCGAUGGUGACCCCGGCUGACCUCGCCUCCGUCAGGUCAACCAUGUGCGCCGCCGCCCCGUGUCCUCCUCAGGCCGCCCACGCCUUCAAGGAGAAGGUGCCCAAUAAGGUGUUCUUCCAGGAAGUCUACGGCAUGACUGAAACGAUGCCGACUCACUUCACGCCCCUGAACGGGAAGGAGAACAUAGGGUCCUGCGGCGUCCUGUUGCCCAGCGUCCGAGCGCGUGUCGAAGACCUGAAGACGGGGGCGCCCCUUCCGCCAGGAGAAGCUGGGGAGCUGGUGCUGUACACGCCCGCGAUGAUGAGCGGUUACCAUGGCAACGAGGACGCUACCCGUGACGUCAUGACAGCGGACGGUUGGCUGAGGACGGGCGACGUGGCCAAGUACGACAGCGAAGGAUACUUCUACAUAGUGAUAGGAUCCAAGGAACUCAUCAAGGUCAAGGGACUGCAGGUGUCCCCCACCGAGCUGGAGGACGAGCUGCGAGGCCACCCGAGCGUCGCCGACGUGGGCGUCGUGGGCGUCGAGGAUGCGCGGGCGGGGGAGGUGCCGAGGGCGUACGUGGUGAGGCGGAAGGGCGCGCCCGCGGGAGACGAGCGGAAGGAGAGAGAGGCGGAGGAGAGGCUGGCGGAGGAGCUGAAGGCGUUCCUGUCCGAGCGGGUCGCGCCCCACAAGCACCUCUCGGGGGGCGUGAGGUUCCUGGAGGAGCUGCCGAAGAACCCGACGGGCAAGCUGCUGAGGAGGACCCUGAAGGAGAUGGCGGCGAAGGAGGAGUGAGAGAAGGACCUCGGAGGGAUGAGGGGACGCCCUUGGCCAGGCGGAGAGCGAGACGGCGUCGGAGAGAUAACACAAAUGCCGAUAAGAAGGAUAAUUGAUAAAAGUGAAAAUGCAGAUAAAAAUAAAUGGAAAACGAAGUGUC